AUGGCCGAGACUGAGAGCCUCUCGCCCUUUGGCACUGCCAGAGCUACCGUGACCGAACAGCCUCUUAGCAAGGACGAGGUCGACAAAAUCAACCGCUACUUCCAUGCCAGCAUGUACCUGUGCUUGGGUAUGCUCUACCUUCGCGAGAACCCGCUGCUCGAGGAACCUCUCAAGAAGGAGCACAUCAAGCCUCGUCUCCUCGGACAUUGGGGCUCGGACGCCGGCCAGUCCUUCACCUGGAUCCACAUGAACCGCUUGAUCAAGAAGUACGACCUCGACUGCUUCUUCGUCUCGGGCCCUGGUCACGGUGCUCCCGCCGUCCUCUCGAACUCGUACCUUGAGGGGGUUUACUCCGAGGUCUACCCCGACAAGUCUCAGGAUGCCCAGGGUAUGCAGCGCUUCUUCAAGCAGUUCUCCUUCCCUGGUGGCAUUGGCAGUCAUUCGACUCCCGAGACGCCUGGAAGUAUCCACGAAGGUGGUGAGCUUGGUUACUCCAUCUCUCACGCUUUCGGUGCAGUAUUCGACAACCCCGAUUUGAUCGCCUUGACCAUGGUCGGCGAUGGCGAGGCCGAGACUGGCCCAUUGGCCACCAGCUGGCACAGCACCAAGUUCCUCAACCCCAUCUGCGACGGUGCAGUUCUUCCAGUCCUCCACCUGAACGGCUACAAGAUCAACAACCCCACUAUCCUCUCCAGAAUCAGCCACGAAGAACUCAAGGCCCUCUUUGUCGGUUAUGGUUGGGAACCUUACUUUGUCGAGGGCUCAGACCUCGACUCAAUGAACCAAGCCAUGGCCGCUACACUCGAAAGAGCGGUCCGAGAGAUCAAGGCCAUCCAAAAGAAGGCCAGAGACUCUGGCAAGGCCGAACGCCCGAGAUGGCCCAUGAUCGUCCUCAGGACACCAAAGGGUUGGACCGGUCCUCGCAAGGUUGACGGCCACUUCCUCGAGGGCUUCUGGAGAGCUCAUCAGAUUCCUCUUACAAACGUGCUCAAGGACCCCGACCAGCUCUCUCUGCUCGAGAAGUGGAUGCGUAGCUAUGAGCCGGAGAAGCAUUUCAAGGACGGCAAGUUGAUCGAGGAGCUGCGUGAGCUCGCCCCUAGUGGCAAUCGUCGUAUGAGUGCCAACCCCGUGACCAACGGUGGUCUAUUACGUGCCAACCUCAGGAUUCCGGACUUCAAGGACUUUGCUCAGGUCGUGAAGAAGCCCGCUGGCGAGCAAGCUCCCAGCAUGAACCUCUUUGCCGAUUUCUUGACCCAAAUCAUGAAGCACAACCCUAACAACUUCCGUCUUUUCGGCCCUGAUGAAACCCAGUCCAACAAGCUCGGCGCUGUCUACGACGUCACCCAGAAGGUCUGGAUGGCCGAGUACUUCGAGGAAGAUAAGGACGGCGGUAACCUUGCGACGGCAGGCAGAGUCAUGGAAAUUCUCAGUGAACACACUGUCGAAGGAUGGCUCGAAGGCUACUUGUUGACUGGACGCCACGGCUUGCUCAACAGCUAUGAGCCUUUCAUCCACAUCAUCGACUCAAUGGUCAAUCAACACGCCAAGUGGCUUGAGAAGUGCGCCGAGGUCACCUGGAGACAGGAAGUCGCUUCGCUGAACAUCCUGCUGACCUCGACUGUUUGGCGUCAGGAUCACAACGGCUUCACCCACCAGGACCCUGGCUUCCUUGAUGUCGUCGCCAACAAGUCACCGGAGGUCGUCCGCAUCUACCUUCCGCCAGAUGCCAAUUGCUUGCUCAGCACUAUGGACCACUGCUUCAAGUCUUCCAACUACGUCAACGUCAUCGUCGCUGACAAGCAAAACCACCUACAGUACCUCAACAUGGAAGACGCCGUCAACCAUUGCUCUAAGGGUCUAGGCAUCUGGGACUGGGCUUCCAACAGUGCUGGCGAAGAGCCUGAUAUUGUUAUGGCCAGUUGCGGUGAUGUCAGCACACAGGAGGCUCUCGCAGCCACUGCUCUGCUUCGCGAGCAUCUUCCUGAGAUCAAGGUUCGCUUUGUCAACGUCGUCGACCUGUUCAAGCUUCAGCCCAACGGCUACCACCCCCACGGCCUCAAGGACGACGAAUACGCAGCUAUCUUCACUGAUGACAAGCCGAUUGUUUUCAACUUCCACUCGUACCCAUGGAUGGUCCACAGGCUCACAUACAAAAGAAAGGGCCAGCAGCUCAUGAGGGUCAGAGGAUACAAGGAGAAGGGUAACAUCGACACUCCUCUCGAGCUGGCCAUCCGCAACGAGACCGAUCGUUACAGUUUAGCUAUGCUUGCCAUCGACAGCCUGAAGUCUGUCUUGGGCAACAAGGGCUCGUCUACUCGUGAGCAUCUGCUCAACAGACGUACCCACGCUAUGAACUACGCAUACGAGACUGGUCAGGAUCCUGAUGACUUCGUCAACUGGACUUGGAACUACUAG